AGUAAAAACCACCUUUCAAAAGUUAAAAUGUCUGGACGUGGUAAAACCGGCGGUAAAACUCGUGCUAAGGCCAAGACCAGGUCAUCCAGGGCCGGACUCCAGUUCCCGGUGGGCCGUGUCCACAGGCUGCUCCGCAAGGGUAACUACGGCGAGCGUAUCGGCGCGGGGGCUCCCGUGUACCUGGCGGCCGUGUUGGAGUACCUGACCGCUGAGAUCCUGGAGUUGGCGGGGAACGCAGCCCGCGACAACAAGAAGUCCAGGAUCAUCCCCCGUCAUCUGCAGCUGGCCGUCCGCAACGACGAGGAGCUCAACAAACUCCUGGGAGGUGUCACCAUCGCCCAGGGCGGCGUGUUGCCCAACAUUCAGGCGGUUCUGCUCCCUAAGAAGACCGAGAAGGCUUCCAAGAAGUAAACUGUUGACAGUCAACAAUAUCAGAAAAGGCUCUUUUAAGAGCCACACAAUUCCUCUUUGAGUCAGUCAUCUUCAUCAAAUCAAUUUAUACUAUACUAAUACAGCAAUCA